ACUACACUCAUCUAGAAGCCCUGUUUUGCACUAAUUGGAUUUAAACUUACUAAUGACAUUAAACAUAUUGUUAAUGAUUCACUUUAUUCUUGUCUUUUGUGAACGUAACAUUUCAUUAUUUUAUAUUAUUACUAGUUAGUAGUUAUUAAUAAUGCCUCCAAAAGAUCCGGAAUUAAUUGCUCUCAGAAAAGAACUAGAAGAUUUAAUUGCAAAAUGCCAGCAAGACCAAAAAAGUAAACAAGACACAACCAUUGAAGAAAUAUCUAACGGAAUGGCUGAUGCGCCAAAGUGUAAAUUGGCCACUAAGAAAAUGCUCAAAGGACACAUUAAUAAAGUGAACUCUGUCCACUAUAGCGGCGAUAGUAGACACGCAGUUUCUGGAUCGCUGGACGGCAAACUUAUCAUAUGGGAUACAUGGACCGGUAAUAAAGUACAAGUUAUACCAUUACGUUCAGCCUGGGUUAUGUCUGUGGCUUUUGCACCUACGGGCAAUUUCGUCGCUUGUGGAGGGAUGGAUAAUAUGUGUACUGUUUACGAUUUAAAUAAUCGUGACUCGAAUGGAGGAGCGAAAAUGAUACGCGAAUUAUUAGGUUACGAGGGUUUUUUGUCAUCGUGUCGAUUUGUCGACGACAAAACCCUAAUCACCGGAUCUGGAGACAUGAAACUUUGUAUGUGGGACUUAGAAGCUGGUAAGAGAAAAAAUGAAAUAGAAGCCGCUCACUGUGGAGACGUUGUUUCUUUAUCGCUGUCAUCUGACCAAAAUAUGUUCGUAACGGGCAGCGUAGAUAAGACUUGUAAAUUAUGGGAUACCAGGGAUCUAAAGUGCAAACAAGUGUUUUUCGGACACGAGGCUGACGUGAAUUCUGUUUGUUUUCAUAACAGUGGAUAUGGAUUUGCUACAGCUUCGGAGGAUAAGUCCGCGCGUCUAUACGACAUUAGGUCUGAUCAACAAAUCGCUAUGUACAAGCCUCCAAAUACCACUUCGGGAUUCACUUCGUGUGGCCUAUCGGUGUCCGGUAGGUUUCUGUUGGCUGGUAGCGACGAUAACUCGAUUCACGUGUGGGACACGAUGAAAGUCCAACACAACGGUACUUUGAAUGGACACGAGAACAGAGUGACUUCUUUGAGUGUAUCGCCGAAUGGAAUGUCCGUGGUCACAAGUUCCUGGGACAUGAAUGUACGUGUUUGGGUUUAAACGUGGAAAUUAUUACGUAGGUACUUAUGAUCACCUAAAAUGAUUUAUUUUUAAUUCACCUAAUUAUAGGUAGAUACAAUAAUAUAAUUUAUAAUAUAUAAUAUAUAUUAUAUAUAUAACCAAUAACAUUAAAUAUAAUAUAAUAUAGUUACACUAAAAUAUAUUGUAUUCGUUUAAAUAAUUAAAACCCUAAAACAAAUGAUGUUUUGUAAAAUAUCGGAAAACUAUAUAAUGUAUAAUUGCAUGCUUAUUCAACGAUAACGCGACCUUAAUACAUUUCAUCAUUAUUUGUCACGCUUUCCAUCCUCUCUACUACCCAUACUAUAUAAUAUUGAGGUAUUGCGAAAAAAAAAACAAAAAAAAAAUCGUUCAUUGUACCUUUAUAAUUGUAACUAUUAACAGAAUAAACUGUCAGUUUAUAGUGUCUUGUUACCGUACACAGUGUUAUUUUUGUUAAAAUAUUAAACACAAUACGUAUAGUAUAUUAAGUGAACUAUUAUGAUUUUGAGUUAUAUUAAGUUUUGUUUAUUUAAUCCCAUUUACAUUAAUGUCAUUUUCUUUGGUCAGUAUUAGUUUAUAAUAUUAUACAGAUAUUUAUUCUAUA